UGACAAUGACAUUGAGAAAGGUGGUGAGAAUGGCAUGCGCUUGAAGUCAAAAUUGAAAUUGAAGUUGCACCAUGGCCCUGGGAGCCUUUUCUGAAUGUACAUAACGGUACAUACAUGAGGCAGAGCUUUUAGGCAAGCGAAGCUCCAGCGGGUUUGCAAGAACAUAGGAGAGGCAGCUUUCUGGUUUUUUCAAGCAACGGGCGUGCAUUCUGCUACUGUGGUGUCCAGGUUUCCUGAUGACUGGCUGGCCGUGCUUUUGGGACAAUCUUUUGAGAGGGCCAUGCGGCGCAAGCACCCUUAUUGAGCAGCAUCCGGCGCGGUGUUGCGGCAAAAUUGCAGCUUUCUAGAAGGACCCCCGUUCUCCCGGUGCUUGGGCGGCCCAGCAUGUGCCGCAUUUAAUGUGAACACUCUAGAUUGGCUUGCAUGAGGAGCAUGUAAAGUGACACUCCCCAACAGGCUAUACCAAGCCUGCUCAAGUACAGAACGGACCUUGCUUGAGUCAGGUUCUUGCUUUGGAAAAGUUUCCAAAGCUUAACAGUCUGUAAGGUCGCUGCUGAAGCCAUGGCGGCCCCUGCGAGCAACCCCGGCACCGCCGUCCCUGCGGGGCAAGGGUUGGAGAACAUCUUGCCCAACUACCGGCUCGGCAAGACCCUGGGAAUUGGCAGUUUCGGGAAGGUGAAGGUGGCGGAGCAUGUGCUGACGGGGCACAAGGUGGCCAUCAAGAUUCUCAACCGGCGGAAAAUUAAGGCGAUGGACAUGGAGGAGAAAGUGCGGCGCGAGAUCAAAAUCCUGCGGUUGUUCAUGCACCCGCACAUCAUCCGGCUGUACGAGGUGAUUGAGACGCAGCAGGACAUCUAUGUCGUCAUGGAGUACGUCAAGUCAGGGGAGCUCUUUGACUACAUUGUAGAAAAGGGCCGCCUGCUUGAGGACGAGGCGCGCCGCUUCUUCCAGCAGAUCAUCAGCGGCGUCGAGUACUGCCACCGCAACAUGGUGGUCCACCGGGAUCUGAAGCCCGAGAACCUGCUCCUCGACUCCAAGUGCAACGUCAAGAUCGCCGACUUCGGCCUUUCCAACGUGAUGCGCGACGGCCACUUUCUGAAAACUAGCUGCGGGAGCCCCAAUUACGCGGCGCCCGAGGUCAUUUCGGGGCGGCUGUACGCGGGCCCGGAGGUGGACGUGUGGAGCUGCGGCGUGAUCUUAUACGCGCUGCUGUGCGGGAGCCUGCCGUUCGACGACGAGAACAUUCCGAACCUCUUCAAGAAGAUCAAGGGGGGUAUUUACACGCUGCCGAGCCACCUGUCGCACGGCGCCCGCGACCUGAUUCCGCGCAUGCUGCUAGUGGACCCCAUGAAGCGCGUGACGAUCCCCGAGAUCCGGCAGCACCCCUGGUUCCAGGCGCACCUCCCGCGUUACCUCGCCGUGCCCCCCCCGGACACAGCCGCGCAGGCCAAAAGGAUUGAUCCUGAGAUCCUAGAGGCCGUAGUUCGAAUGGGCUUCGACCGGGCCACCACGAUCGAAUCCCUUAGGCGAAGGGAGCACAACAAGGCGACGGUGGCCUACUACCUUAUGGUGGACAAUCGGCGGCGCAUCUCGAGCGGCUACUUGGGUGCCGAGUUCUUAGAAGCGCGGGAAUCCCUGUCGGCGGCUCCCUCCCCGUCCGACCCCAUGAGCUCGACGGCCGUAGGGCGGCCGGGGGCGCACUUUGGAGGCCACGCGUCCAUGCUGGGCGGGCCUGGACGCCGGACGCUGCCGUCGCCGUCCGUCAUGCAGCACCGGGUGGUCGCGGACAGGAAGUGGGCGCUGGGGCUGCAGGUUCGCGCGCACCCGACCGACAUCAUGGCGGAGGUCUUCCGAGCACUGCGCGAGCUGGGCAUCAACUGGAAGAAGUCGGCGCAGUACAACGUCAAGUGCCGCUGGGCGGCGCCCUACGUGGAGCACUCCGCGCACGGGGGGGGGUCCGGGGACGCCCACAUGCUGCUGGGUUCGUCACCUCCCCAUGCGGACGGCCAGCCGCCGACGCUGCUGGAUGGGCUGGAGGGUGCCGCCGAGGCGCGCCUGAUUAAGUUCGAAAUUCAGCUGUACAAGCUACGAGAGGAGAAGUACGUGUUGGACUUCCAGAAGCUGACAGGGCCGCAGUUUCUCUAUCUGGACCUAGUAGGUAAUGUACUUUCUGAAGUGCGGUUGCACUGACAAAGGGGGCCAGUGUUUGUUAGUCAAUCCGGGUAGCUCUUUCGAUUCUGACGGUAAGUGUGCUGGCAGGUGCAGCCACCUGCUUCGUAGGCCUUGUGCGGGCUACGUGCCGUGGAUAUAAGAUUGCUCGGUCGUGAUGCGGGAUCUCAUGUGCAUGGCAUAGGGUCAAGGCAAGCAAGGCUUUUGAGCAAAGCAUGGUUCGAUUUUGGACCUUGGACACGUGAGAACACUUUGAUCAAGGCACUUAC